GCUCCUACAUAACCUGUCACUACGUAAGUAUCUAUAGUGCACACAGGCAGGUUGCGCAGCGCAUUGAAUACUUUGUGGCGUACAUUGACUCCUCGCGUUAUCUCGUGUUCUCCUGAAAAGUCGCGAAAGUGCCUUUGAGGGGUAUUCGUGUGUGAUAUUUCAGCAGCUCGUCACCUUCGCACAAUAUAUUGUAUGAGUCAGAAGGUAGAAAAACCAGUAUUAUCGGGUCAACGGAUCAAGACCAGAAAAAGAGAUGAGAAAGAGAAGUACGACCCGAACGGGUUCCGCGACGCGCUCGUUCAGGGCCUGGAGCGCGCCGGCGGCGACCUCGAGGCGGCCUACAAGUUCCUAGACGGCGCUGGAUCCAAGCUCGACUACCGCCGCUAUGGGGAGGUCAUCUUCGACGUCCUCAUCGCCGGGGGGCUGCUGCUCCCAGGUGGGUCGGUUUCGAUGGAUGGAGAGACCCCCAAGACCAACACCUGCAUCUUCGCUGCCAGCGAGGAUAUGGAGACCAUGCGCAACUUUGAACAGGUGUUUGUGAAGCUUAUGCGCCGAUACAAAUACCUCGAGAAGAUGUUCGAGGAGGAAAUGAAAAAGGUGCUCGUUUACCUGAAAGGAUUCGAGCCUCAACAACGCAUCAAACUGGCUCGUAUGACUGCGCUGUGGAUUGGCAACGGCUGCGUACCGCCGUCAGUGGUGCUGGUGCUAACCAACGAGCACCUGGUCAAAGAUGGCCUGGCGCUGGACUUUGUUCUGGAGGUGUUCGCCACGCUGAAGGCCGAGCGCGGGGUCACGUCCCUCGUCACCGCGCUCAAGAAGGGCCAGCUGGAGGGCAGAUUGUUGGAGUUUUUGCCUCUGAACAGACGAAGUGAGGAGGUGUUGGCAGCCUCGUUCGCCUCCCGAGACCUCGCUGAGUUACUGCGUUUACACCGAGCACAGGCUUCUCAGGAGGCACGACGUGAACUAACUCAGGCAUUGCUGGAUGAGUUGGCUGACGACAAACCUGUGCGAGACCUCAUCCAGGAGCUGAGGGACAUGGCGCUAAAACACUCCAUACCCGAGCACGAAGUGGUCGCCAUCAUCUGGCAGUGCGUUAUGUCCCGUGGCGAAUGGAACAAGAAGGAAGAGUUGCUAGCCGAACAGGCUGCCAAGCAUCUGCGGCACUAUACUCCUCUAUUAGCCGCCUUCGCUCAAAACGCCAAGGCAGAGAUCGCACUACUGUCCAAGGUGCAAGAAUACUGCUACGAGAACAUGAGCUUCAUGAAGGCGUUCAGCAAGCUGGUGCUGAUGCUGUACAAGACGAACGUCCUCUCUGAGGAGGUGAUCCUCAAGUGGUACCGCGACCCCAACUCCAGCAAGGGCAAGAUGAUGUUCCUCGACCAGAUGAAGAAGUUCGUCGAGUGGCUGCAGAGCGCUGAAGAGGAAUCUGAAAGCGGUGAAGACGAAGAUUAGAUUAAGAGCAGUGAGUGAGACUGACACAGUGACGCCUCCCCCCUUUCCCCCUCACGCAACCAAUAAUAUAAUAAUAAAUGGAUAAAUAAUAAUAAUAAUUGUAAUGAUUGUUAACAAGAGUGCACGCGCGACACUGUAUGGGAGAUGUUUUCUACAACUGUAUAUUAUUCAUUUCUAAAAGUAACAUGUUGAUGAAAUACAAUAUUUUUUAUUCAAUUUUUUUAGGAAAAUUCCAAUAAAUGGUGGUAACACGCAAUUGUUUUUUGUUUUAUUUGUCUUCUUUUAGAACUUGUGUGAUGGAAUGACGAAUGCUGUG